AUGGAGGAAGCUUCAGGAAAUCAUUUACCUUCAGGUUAUGACGAAGACUUUGUGAAUGCAGUUGACGAUGAGUUUCUUUGUGUUAUAUGCCAGUUGACUCUUAAGGAGCUGGUUCUUACAAGAUGUGGCCACAGAUUUUGUAAAGAAUGCCUUGAGGAGCAUUUAAGAAGCCAGGAAGUUCGUGGUGAACCUUUGACUUGCCCCGUGGACAGAUACAGUCUGGAUAGAGACAAGGAUAUUUUUCCUGACAAAGCAACUGAAAGGAAGAUUCUUUCUUUUGCCAUUCGUUGUCCAAGUGAUGGAUGUGAAUGGACUGGAGAAUUGAGGAGUAAAGAGAGUCACUUGAAUACUUGCUUGUUCAAAGUCAUACCCUGUACAAACGACAACUGUCACGAGGAAGUACAACGACAACACCAUGAGCAACACGUGACCGUCACUUGUCAGUGGAGAAUUGUCGAAUGCAAAUACUGUUGUGAGCCACACCCAGAGUGUCAAAUGCCGGAACACAUUCCUUGCUGCAGCAAGUUCCCAAUAACCUGCCCAAACAGCUGUGGACACUCCAUUCCUAGGGAAAUUGUUCCAAGUCACAUCAAAGACGAUUGUCCACAGACCAUAAUCUGCUGUCCUUAUGCUAAGAUUGGCUGUGAAACAAAGGUUCAUCGUCUGGAAGUAGACAAUCACCUUCAAUCUGCUACGAAAAUCCAUCUUGAUUUGGCUUGUGUUAAGAUAGGUGAAACAGAAGAAACAAUGAAGAGCUUACAUAAGCAACUCGUGACACUCAAGAAUGAAGUGAAAGAGAAAACAGUGAUGGUGAAAAGCGAAUCCCCUAAUUAUCCUUUGAUGUUUAUUUGGAAGAUUGACAACUUCAGUAAACUUAUGAGAGAGGCCAAGGGCGGUGUGAACGAAAGGCAAACCUGUGCUCCGUUCUACACAGAAAAUUAUGGCUAUAAGUUUGAAAUAAAUAUCUAUCCUAACGGCUCUGGCCAUGCUCGGGGUACUUUUUUAUCAGUUUUCUGUGUUAUACAGAAGGGUGAAUAUGACGCCUUAUUACCCUGGCCUUUCAAAAGGAAAGUGAAAUUCACACUUCUUGAUCAACAAGAAAAUCUAGAGGAACGUGAAAACCAUUCCAUGGUGGUAACUACAACCGAUGAUCUACAAGUAUUUGGAAGGCCUGACGAAAAAAGGAUACGUGGAUAUGGGAUACCUAAGUUUAUUUCUCACGAGAAACUCGAAAGAGGGCACUAUGUAGUGGAUGACACUCUUUUCCUUCAAUGUGAAGUCGGUCCUCCUUCAUAA